CUCAGCCAGAGGCCGGCAGCCUGGAGCUGGAGCCAGAGCCCGGGCUCGCCUGCCCACAGGGACCCCAGGCCCCACCCGCUCGCCCACCUUCUGCCUGCCACCCAGCCUUCCAGAUCAGGUCAAAAGGGACUCCCCGCCCCCCAACCCUUCCUUGCCUUCUGCUUCCUCCUUCCUGUAUCUGUCUGGGUGGGUCUGGGGAGGAACGGAUCAGGGUGGGCCCAGGCACCACCAUUCCUGGAUGAGGCUCUGAAGCUGAUGGAAAAGAAAAGGGAAGGGAAAGGGUAGGCUAGGCUCCUGCCCCCACCAGACUCCGUGGAGGUAAACAUUACUGGCCUGCUGGCUGCCUCUCCCAUGAAGCCCUGGCCCACCUGCUCCCCGCUAUGCUUUUGUUUUGUUUUGGGCAGGCUCCUCUUAGCAAGUAAAGACCUUGGGAGAGUGGAGACCCUGUCUCACCAGCCCCCAGGCAGGCCUCCCUUCCAGCUGUCCCCACCUCCUUCCCUCUGACCUUCGGGCUGUGGGAGCAGAGCAGCCAGAGGUGGCUUCUGACCAGUAUCCCCCUGGGGAGGCUGCUCCAGGCCCUUGCUGUGGGGCUGCUGGAAAUGGGGCCACUGUGCACCAUUCCCAGCCUUCCCUGACAAGGGGGGCAUGAAGGGCCCUGCUCACAGCUGGGAAUGAAAACCCUGGCUGCAUCCCACGGGGUGUCCUGUGUGAGCACCUCUGGGGGCCACGCCUGGCACGAGGGGCAGAGGGCAUCUUUUACAGCAUGAGCAGAUACCCAGGUGACUCUGGCUGCCAGGCUCUAUUCUUCAUGUGGUGGGUAGUGGCCACCCCAGGUUCUCCUGCUUCCCUUUCUGGGUUCGUACUCCCGCCAUGGGCAAAGACAAACCCCAGGAGAUGGCACGAUCCACAUGGCCUUGUGUCUGCUGCAGGUGUAAGCCCUGCCAUCCCCCUACCCUCUGCCAGGUAUCAUCAGGUACUUUAUCAGAACCUCCCUUAUGCCAGCCUUCUGAACUAGGCGGUAUCAUCCCAUUUUGCAGAGGAGAAAGUCGAGGAUCAGAAAGGAAAGCCAUCACCAAGUCGGGCCUCCAGCACCUGGCCCCCCCUCCGCCCACUCCUGGGGCCCUGUGCAGCGAGCCAGAGCGGCAGGUCCGGAGCACUGUGGACUGGAGCGAGUCCGCGACGUAUGGGGAACACAUCUGGUUCGAGACCAACGUGUCCGGGGACUUUUGCUAUGUUGGGGAGCAGUACUGUGUAGCUAAGAUGCUGCAGAAAUCCGUGUCCCGGAGAAAGUGUGCAGCCUGCAAGAUCGUGGUGCACACCCCCUGCAUCGAACAGCUGGAGAAGAUAAAUUUCCGCUGUAAGCCGUCCUUCCGUGAAUCAGGGUCCAGGAACAUCCGUGAGCCAACCUUCGUGCGGCACCACUGGGUACACCGGCGGCGCCAGGAUGGCAAGUGUCGGCACUGUGGGAAGGGCUUCCAGCAGAAGUUCACCUUCCACAGCAAGGAGAUUGUGGCCAUCAGCUGCUCCUGGUGCAAGCAGGCAUACCACAGCAAGGUGUCCUGCUUCAUGCUGCAGCAGAUAGAGGAGCCGUGCUCCCUGGGGGUCCACGCUGCUGUGGUCAUCCCACCAACCUGGAUCCUCCGUGCCCGCAGGCCCCAGAAUACCCUCAAGGCAAGCAAGAAGAAAAAGAGAGCAUCCUUCAAGAGGAAAUCUAGCAAGAAAGGGCCAGAGGAGGGCCGCUGGAGACCCUUCAUCAUCAGGCCCACCCCAUCCCCCCUCAUGAAGCCCCUGCUGGUGUUUGUGAACCCCAAGAGUGGGGGCAACCAGGGCGCUAAGAUCAUCCAGUCCUUCCUGUGGUAUCUCAACCCCCGACAAGUCUUUGACCUGAGCCAGGGAGGGCCCAAGGAGGCGCUGGAGAUGUACCGCAAAGUGCACAACCUGCGGAUCCUGGCGUGUGGCGGCGACGGCACGGUUGGCUGGAUCCUUUCCACUCUGGACCAGCUGCGCUUAAAGCCGCCGCCGCCCGUUGCCAUUCUACCGCUGGGCACUGGCAAUGACUUGGCCCGUACCCUCAACUGGGGUGGGGGCUACACGGAUGAGCCUGUGUCCAAGAUCCUCUCCCACGUAGAGGAGGGGAACGUGGUGCAGCUAGACCGCUGGGACCUCCGUGCCGAGCCCAACCCCGACGCGGGGCCAGAGGAGCGCGAGGAGGGCGCCACUGACCGGCUGCCCCUGGACGUCUUCAACAACUAUUUCAGCCUGGGCUUUGAUGCCCACGUCACCCUGGAGUUUCAUGAGUCUCGAGAGGCCAACCCGGAGAAAUUCAACAGCCGUUUCCGGAAUAAGAUGUUCUAUGCCGGGACAGCCUUCUCCGACUUCCUGAUGGGCAGUUCUAAGGACUUGGCCAAGCACAUCCGAGUGGUGUGUGACGGAACUGACCUGACCCCCAAGAUUCAGGACCUGAAACCCCAGUGCAUUGUUUUCCUGAAUAUCCCCAGGUACUGCGCAGGCACCAUGCCCUGGGGCCACCCUGGGGAGCACCACGACUUUGAGCCCCAGCGGCACGACGAUGGCUACCUCGAGGUCAUUGGCUUUACCAUGACGUCCCUGGCGGCGCUGCAGGUGGGCGGGCACGGCGAGCGGUUGACGCAGUGCCGAGAGGUGGUGCUCACCACGUCCAAGGCCAUCCCGGUGCAGGUGGAUGGCGAGCCCUGCAAGCUUGCAGCCUCGCGCAUCCGCAUCGCCCUGCGCAACCAGGCCACCAUGGUGCAGAAGGCCAAGCGGCGCAGCGCCGCCCCCCUGCAUAGCGACCAGCAGCCCGUGCCCGAGCAGCUGCGGAUCCAGGUGAGCAGGGUCAGCAUGCACGACUACGAGGCCCUGCAUUACGACAAGGAGCAGCUCAAGGAGGCCUCCGUGCCACUGGGCACCGUGGUGGUCCCCGGUGACAGCGACCUAGAACUCUGUCGUGCCCACAUCGAGAGGCUCCAGCAGGUGAGGGGUCGGGCGCCUGCCCCGCCUGGGUGCACCCGCUCUAGUUUCUGUUCUCUGCCAACUCCCGCCCUUGGUUUCUCUCGGCAGGAGCCUGAAGGUGCUGGAGCCAAGUCCCCCACCUGCCAGAAACUGUCCCCCAAGUGGUGUUUCCUAGACGCCACCACUGCCAGCCGCUUCUACAGGAUCGACCGGGCCCAGGAGCACCUCAACUAUGUGACUGAGAUUGCACAGGACGAGAUUUAUAUCUUGGAUCCCGAGCUGCUGGGGGCAUCGGCCCGGCCUGACCUCCCAACCCCAACUUCCCCUCUCCCCCCCUCCCCCUGCUCACCCACGCUCCGGUCACUGCCAGGGGAUGCGCCGCCCCCUAAAGGUGAGGAGCUGAUUGAGGCUGCCAAGAGGAACAACUUCUGUAAGGUGGGUGGCCCUGAGGAUCCCCAGCCCUGCUCUGCCUCCUGCCCUCAGCUCCAGGAGCUGCACCGAGCUGGGGGUGACCUCAUGCACCGGGACGAGCAGAGCCGCACGCUCCUGCACCAUGCCGUCAGCACGGGUAGCAAGGAGGUGGUCCGCUACCUGCUGGACCACGCCCCCCCAGAGAUCCUUGACGCUGUGGAGGAGAACGGGGAGACCUGUCUGCACCAGGCGGCGGCCCUGGGCCGGCGCACCAUCUGCCACUACAUCGUGGAGGCGGGGGCGUCUCUCAUGAAGACAGACCAGCAGGGUGACACUCCGCGGCAGCGGGCCGAGAAGGCCCAGGACACGGAGCUCGCUGCCUACCUGGAGAACCGGCAGCACUACCAGAUGAUCCAGCGGGAGGACCAGGAGACAGCCGUGUAGCUGUGAGGCCAAGGCCAGGGCAGGUGGAGGGACAGGGCCAGCCAGAGGAGGAGCCCCCUCAUCGCCCACCGCACUGCCACAUUCCAGUCGGACUACCACGGGGGGACCCGGGCCCCAGGGAAGGAGCCCCGUGCUGCCCCCUGAGGAGCCUCCCAGGCCUAGGGCUGGACUCUGAGGAGCUGGGGGACUGGGGCUGGACCACUUCAGGGCAGCCCUCACCCUCACUGCAGCGGGUGCCCUCCCUGGGGCGUAGGGGCAGAGGGGGAAGGCAGCGGGGCUUGGGGCCCUAUCAGGGAGCCUUCGGGAAGAGGCUGCCUAAGCCACCUGGUCUGUUAGGGCCCUGACUCAGAGCCUCCUGGCAGCUUGGGCCCUCCCUCCUGCCCUGACCCCACCCUUCGCAGGGUUUCUCCCGGAAACACAGAGCCUGCUGCGUUGGCCUCCCUGCUGCCGUGCUUGGCGCCGACCCCCAGAGACCCUCCCCGUGUACCCAGUCAUUUCAUCACCGCCGACUGUGGCCUGGGGGUUGGAGUGGGGCUCUCGUGGUGACAUGUUUACAGCUGGGUGUGACUCAGUAAAGUGGAUUUUUUUCCUUUC